AUGAACCUACGUUUACCCUCUGAUAAAAAAAAAGAAAAUGAGAAGCUGUGGUGGAAGACAUGCAAAUCGUACCGAUUGUCUGAUUUUAACGAGUCAUUUAAUGCUCUUUGUCUUGCCGUUCCUAGAGUACGUCACACUCUAACAAGUAUUGGGUUCGGUAGAUGGGCAAGGGCGCAUUGUCCAGGCAAUCGAUAUCAUUAUAUGACAUCUAACAGCGUGGAGUCUAUUAACGCUUUAUCUAGACACUCGCGUAAAAUGCCGGUAACACAACUCUUAGAGUUCUUCCGGCAAUCUGUACAAAAGUGGUUUUACGAUCGCCGUUUGCAAGGUAUACAUGAAAAACAUUUACUUACACAAUGGGCACAGAAGAAAAUUUUUAAAAAAAUUGAAGGGUCUAGAACAUGGACGGUUGCUGGGAUUGAGUUAAACAGUUAUUCUGUUGUAGACAGUGGAAAGGGGGGUUUAGUGGACUUUGUUAAUGGAACAUGUAGUUGCCGAGUUUGGCAGGUUUCUGGUUUACCAUGCGGGCAUGUUAUUGCCGUUUCAAAAUUUUUAGGUGAAACCGAUUGCAGUAAGUAUUGCUUCCCGUGUUACUCAAACGAAGUCUAUAAGAAAACUUAUGAAGAAGCGAUUUAUCCUCUUCCUCAUAGAUCUGAAUGGGAGACUCCAGAAGACCUUAUUAAUCUUCAACCGCCACAUAUGACAAAACGCCAGGCUGGUCGUCCUCGAGAAAACAACCGAAUCUUAUCCCGCGGGGAAGAACCUACUCCCCUGUAUUGUUCCCGGUGUAACUCAUAUGGUCAUCAUCGGGAUGUAUGUCGACAGCCCUUGCCGUCAGAAGUUCGUACUCGCAAAGACCCAGACAAAGGGAAAGGGAAAGAAGCCGAUAAUCCUGAUUAUUUUACACAAUCUCCUGCUGAUUAUAUAUAUCCGUCUUUCAACUUGGGAGACUUUUAA